CGGGCCUGUUGAGAAGUCGUGAUUGGAUGUAUUUUACAAGCUUGCCCGAAACUUAUUCAUAGGACAGCCCGGUCAACAAUGGCACUUUAUAAUUUUUUAAUACUGAUGCUCAUGGGAGUCGUAUGUGCCUUGGCUGAAGAACUCCAUUGUCCAGGAGUGGGUAGGUUCCCUGAUCCCAAAUCAUGUGGAGCUUACUAUGACUGCACUCCAAACAAUGUUGGUGGCUAUGAUAUAACAAAGGACGACUGCAGAGGCUAUACAUACGAUACAGCGAACAGAAUUUGUACUGACAAAAUGUGUCCAACGCGCAGCAAACGCGGUGUUACUCCAGACAACCAUCCUUAUUCUCGUCUGUGUGAGAAUCGGCCUGAUGGAUUCUUGUGUGCUAACUGCAAGACGGUGGUUGUGUGUGUCAAAGGGCAAGCUUUCACUCGUCGCUGCAUCGAGAAUUUCUUCUGUUCUGAGAUGCCCCAGUUUGGUGGUGGGGUUUGCUACCCAGAUGAACCUGUGGAAUGCACCUGCGUAAGGGCGAACGACUUCAUAGUGGACCCCUACGACCCUCGGAGGUUCUACUCUUGCAGGGAUGUUGGAUCAAAACCAACUGCCUACAAAUGCCCAGAUGGUAUGGUAUUCGAUGAAUCGGCUAGGGAAUGUCGCGGCACAGAUGACUUGCCACCGUGCACUGUUCCCGGAACCUUUGCUAAGCCAAGCAACUGCAGUGAAUACUACACGUGCAUUUCUGUGAAAUAUGGAUGGUUGCAGAAGCCCUUCACUUGCAGUGCAGGCACUGCUUUUAAUUCCGUAAGCGGUAUUUGUGAAAAUCCUUGUGUUUACCAGCAUGUGUGUCAGCAAGAAGGACGUUACCCUGACCAUUUCAACAAGCGGAAUUACUUUGAAUGCUACAUGUUGGAUGGCCAGUUAAAACAACUGCGUUACCAAUGCCCUGAAAAGUACAGGUGGGAGAUCCUGUCACCAGGUGUGGGCAGAUGUAUAGAAGACCAUGAGUAUGACAGACCGGGCUCUGAUACCCCCUUCAGUGAAUGCAUAAUACCACAAGGCAUGUGUUGACUGGGUUUGAUCAGACCUACAGACGUGCGUAUCAACGUUAAUUUUAAAUAUACU